CUUCCCUAUUCCUGUGCUUCCCUCUCCCUGUGCUUCCCUCUCCCUGUGCUUCCCUCUCCCUGUGCUUCCCUCUCCCUGUGCUUCACUCUCCCUGUGCUUCCCUCUCCCUGUGCUUCCCUCUCCCUGUGAUUCACUCUCCCUGUGCUUCCCUCUCCCUGUGCUUCCCUCUCCCUGUGCUUCCCUCUCCCUGUGCUUCCCUCUCCCUGUGCUUCCCUCUCCCUGUGCUUCCCUCUCCCUGUGCUUCACUCUCCCUGUGCUUCCCUCUCCCUGUGCUUCACUCUCCCUGUGAUUCCCUCUCCCUGUGCUUCACUCUCACUGUGCUUCCCUCUCCCUGUGCUUCCCUCUCCCUGUGCUUCCCUCUCCCUGUGCUUCCCUCUCCCUGUGCUUCCCUUUCCCUGUGCUUCCCUCUCCCUGUGCUUCACUCUCCCUGUGCUUCCCUCUCCCUGUGCUUCCCUCUCCCUGUGCUUCCCUCUCCCUGUGCUUCCCUCUCCCUGUGCUUCCCUCUCCCUGUGCUUCCCUCUCCCUGUGCUUCACUCUCCCUGUGCUUCCCUCUCCCUGUGCUUCACUCUCCCUGUGCUUCCCUCUCCCUGUGCUUCCCUCUCCCUGUGCUUCCCUCUCCCUGUGAUUCCCUCUCCCUGUGCUUCCCUCUCCCUGUGCUUCACUCUCCCUGUGAUUCCCUCUCCCUGUGCUUCACUCUCACUGUGCUUCCCUCUCCCUGUGCUUCCCUCUCCCUGUGCUUCCCUCUCCCUGUGCUUCCCUCUCCCUGUGCUUCCCUUUCCCUGUGCUUCCCUCUCCCUGUGCUUCACUCUCCCUGUGCUUCCCUCUCCCUGUGCUUCCCUCUCCCUGUGCUUCCCUCUCCCUGUGCUUCCUCUCCCUGUGCUUCCCUCUCCCUGUGCUUCCCUCUCCCUGUGCUUCCCUCUCCCUGUGCUUCCCUCUCCCUGUGCUUCCCUCUCCCUGUGCUUCCCUCUCCCUGUGCUUCCCUCUCCCUGUGCUUCCCUCUCCCUGUGCUUCACUCUCCCUGUGCUUCCCUCUCCCUGUGCUUCACUCUCCCUGUGCUUCCCUCUCCCUGUGCUUCCCUCUCCCUGUGCUUCCCUCUCCCUGUGCUUCACUCUCCCUGUGCUUCCCUCUCCCUGUGCUUCCCUCUCCCUGUGCUUCCCUCUCCCUGUGCUUCCAUCUCCCUGUGCUUCCCUCUCCCUGUGCUUCCCUCUCCCUGUGCUUCCCUCUCCCUGUGCUUCCCUCUCCCUGUGCUUCCCUCUCCCUGUGCUUCCCUCUCCCUGUGCUUCCCUCUCCCUGUGCUUCCCUCUCCCUGUGCUUCCCUCUCCCUGUGCUUCCCUCUCCCUGUGCUUCCCUCUCCCUGUGCUUCACUCUCCCUGUGCUUCCCUCUCCCUGUGCUUCACUCUCCCUGUGCUUCCCUCUCCCUGUGCUUCCCUCUCCCUGUGCUUCCCUCUCCCUGUGCUUCCCUCUCCCUGUGCUUCCCUCUCCCUGUGCUUCCAUCUCCCUGUGCUUCCCUCUCCCUGUGCUUCCCUCUCCCUGUGCUUCCCUCUCCCUGUGCUUCCCUCUCCCUGUGCUUCCCUCUCCCUGUGCUUCCCUCUCACUGUGCUUCCCUCUCCCUGUGCUUCCCUCUCCCUGUGCUUCCCUCUCCCUGUGCUUCCCUCUCCCUGUGCUUCCCUCUCCCUGUGCUUCACUCUCCCUGUGCUUCACUCUCCCUGUGCUUCCCUCUCCCUGUGCUUCACUCUCCCUGUGCUUCCCUCUCCCUGUGCUUCCCUCUCCCUGUGCUUCCCUCUCCCUGUGCUUCCCUCUCCCUGUGCUUCACUCUCCCUGUGCUUCCCUCUCCCUGUGCUUCCCUCUCCCUGUGCUUCCCUCUCCCUGUGCUUCCCUCUCCCUGUGCUUCCCUCUCCCUGUGCUUCACUCUCCCUGUGCUUCACUCUCCCUGUGCUUCCCUCUCCCUGUGCUUCACUCUCCCUGUGCUUCCCUCUCCCUGUGCUUCCCUCUCCCUGUGCUUCCCUCUCCCUGUGCUUCCCUCUCCCUGUGCUUCACUCUCCCUGUGCUUCACUCUCCCUGUGCUUCCCUCUCCCUGUGCUUCACUCUCCCUGUGCUUCCCUCUCCCUGUGCUUCCCUCUCCCUGUGCUUCCCUCUCCCUGUGA